CAGACAGACACAGAAACAGACGCAGGCAGACCGACAACCACAGACGCGCGCGUGUGGCAGGCCAGGCCAGCAGCCCCACUCACCGCCUCGCCUCCCUCCUAUCUAUCCUCCUAGAAAGAAAGAAGCUAACUAAUUCGGCAUGCCUUUGGGUGCAUGUGUGCAUUGAUUGCAUUGCUUCAGCUGCAGACAGACAGAGCAAUGACUGGAUGGGAUGGAGUGGGGGUGGAGUGUGGGGAUGGAUGCGUGGGCAUUGCAUGCGAUGCGAUGCGUUCGAUGAAUGAUUCGUGCCUGGAUGGAUUGAUGGAUGGUAGGUGAUGUGCUCUAGUGACUGGGGCACGGGCGAGGCCGAGAGGGCGGAGGAGCGACCAACAAGAGAGAGGGGUUUUAAGCCGGCUGAUAGACACCAGACGUGUGUGUGUGUGUGUGUGUGUGCGUGUGCGUGUGUGUGCAUGUUCGGUGGCGGUGGACGGACCUUCGUGUGUCUUGUGUGUCAAUACGAGCCACAGGUAGUCGAGAGUGAGUGACAUUGACACACGAGCCACAGGUAGUCGAGAGUGAGUGACAUCUCACACACACCCGUGUGCAUUCCUCCCGUCUGGUUCGUAUGGAGGUAUGCACACAACACACACACACACAUGCACACACACACACAUGCAAUUCACUCACCACACUCACAUAACAUGCAGACACGCACACACAUCAUGAUGCCCAUCCGUCCACAGACAGACAGACGGAGGAAGGCAAAAAUGCCUGCAAUGCAUCGUCAUUGUUUUGUUUGGAUGGUUCCAUCCAUCCAUCCAUUCGUCCGUCCAUUCCACUGCCGGCCAGGUCAGGUAGGUCUCGGUGUGUGUCCCCCUCCGCCCUGAAUGACUGCUCACCCAGGCAUACUGAUCCAAGUGAGCAGUCGUCCACCACCGAGAAGUUAACAAGCCGAGACCGACUUGGCUAUCGCGCAUCGCAUCAAAGGGCUCACCCGACACAACACAUGCAUUGCAUCCAUCUGUCUCAGUCAGUGUUCCGCAGCCAAUGUGUUUGCACAUCAGUCAGAAGUAUGUGUGUGUGUGUAUCCUAUCCGCUGUGGUGCGUUUAUGCCUUCAAAUGCACCACAAAGGUCAGGCGCCCACAUGCACUCACACCCCCACACUCACAGAGAAUGCCACUCCAUUCCCAGAAAGCACCCCACCCCCCGCAUGCCCGGAUGAAUAAAGCACCCACCCAUCGCCACACACACAGGUACAUAUAUAAAGCAGUUACUGAACACACCGCCCACUCGCCCCCACGCACCCCUCCAUCAACACAGAACAUGAUUCAGUCAAAAGUAUGUCCUAAUCGCCAAUCGAACGAACGGCUAGACGACGGCGGCUAGACAACGUUCGGCCCCAGCAGCAGCGACCCGACGGCAAAGACGAGGAACAGAGUGCCGGCCGCCAGGGCGACGGCACGCUCGCUGAUCGAAGCCGCCAGCAUCUUUCCUCCGACCACAGCGAUGCCCGUGCAGAUGGCGUGGCCCAGACAGCCGCCCACCGUCACACCCACAGUCUCCUCCAACUUGGCACUGAAGCACACACACACACACAGACACAGACAGAAAGAGACAGACACAGAGGCCCAUGUGUGCAUGGAGGGUUGGGGGAGGGGAGAAAGGCUGAACUGCCUCUCACACGUGUCGUGUGAGUGUGGGGCAUGGCAUGCUUACGCGAGGGCUAUGGUGGUGAUCUGCGACCUAUCCCCCCACUCGGCGCAGAAGGUCAUCAUGAACGCCUGCAAAGCACAGAAUGGACAAACGGUAUCUCUCUCCCUCCAUCCAUACGCUUGCCACCACACCUGACCUGCCAGAAUGUCUUGUUGACGAUCCACGAGAGCCCCCACCUCUCCACCCAGGUCCCCCUCACGCGCCGCCGCAGCCGGCCAGGCACACCGCCCACACCUCCAAGACGCGAACUCGCCGUGGACGUGUGACGGACAAAAUCCAACGGAGGAGACGGCACAUAGCCGUACGUGGCACCCUGACCCUGACCAGCACCGUCAGUGUCUGUGUCAGUGUCAGUGUGUGCCGGCUCCUGCUGCUGCACAAGGGGCGUGUUGAGAUCGGGUGGUGGUGCUGCUGCUGUGGGGGGGAGCUGAUUGCUGUGGUCAUGCUGGGAGGUGGAGGUGGAGGUGGGCGGGGAGGCGUGUGAGCUGCCCUCGUCCGCGAUGGAGCUGAAGGGCCGGUCGAGAGCGUCAGAAGACUCCGCCGCCGUGCUCUGCUGCUGCGACCGCUGUGACUGCUGCGACCGCAUGUGAAGGUGGUGGUUGCUGUUGCUGUUGCCGACGCUGCUGCCGACGUGCUUGUCCUCCCCUCCCCCGCCCUCAUCCUCAUUGCUGUCCGGCAGAGCCGUCUCUGAAAAUGGCGAUGGCACAGCCGUGGAUGGCAGGGAGGGGUCGUACUUGGCGCGUGCCGUGUGUGUGGGGUGGCUGUGGCUGUGGCUGUGGUUGUGGGUUUGUGCGUGGGGCUCAGAGGGCUCUGGCCCUGACGGUUCGGAGGGCAGCAGCCGGAAGCCCUGGGGGAAGGAGGUGAUGGGCAUGGUCAUGUCGUUGCUGUGAUUGUUAUUGCUAAUGAGGUGGUGGUCGGAUAGGGGGGUGGCGUCCUCUGAGGCUGCGUCGAGGUUCAUCUCCUGUUCGAGCUCGCGGAUCUCCUCCUCCGGCUCCUCUGCACAUAUCACAACACACACGACCAUCACAUCAGUAUGCCCGUGGAGUGGAAGAUGUGUUGAGCUGCCAGUCCCCCCCCCUUCUCCUCUCUCUCUGUGUGUGUGUGUAUGUGUGUGUGUGUGGUUGGUGACCACACUGACCAAAGGUGUUCAUGCAGGCGUCGUAAAAAGACUUGACGGCGAAGACGAAGAAGAGGACAAUGGCGGCAUAGUGCGUCCAUAUCUUAGGCAGUAGUGUCGGCAGCAGCUUCCCCAGCAGCGCCGACAGCAACGUCAUCAGCGCCAGACACGCAAAUGCCGCCCAGAACACGACUGCAUCACAUGUGUGUGGCGGUGAUAGGGGGGAGGGAACGAACACACACACACACACACACACACACACAGAAGCGUUGAUGAGGCGUGUGUGUGUGUGUGUCUUCCUUACUGAUGUGUGAUCCCCUCAUCGAAAGAAUGGCAGCGAUGAAGAAGGUCUUGUCGCCGAUCUCCUGCAUCCGACGCCAGCCACACCUUUGAUUCCCUCCCUGUGACAGCCCUGUGUGGCCCGAUUGCCCGACUGACUGACCGAGAAGAUGAUGUUUAAGAGGCUUGCAGCAAAUGCCGUCCAGAAGCCCGCAUGCGACUGCUGCCCCUCCCCCGCCGAGGACGCCAUGCCCUCAAACACGCCCUGGAUCUGAUUCCACGCGGAGUCGACAAGGGAAGGAUGCAGCCCCGCUGCCGGCGUCGACGCAUUGCCGUCAUCAUGAUGAAGGCCCUGCGCGACACGCGCCACGUCACACGCACACACGCGUGUGCCAGAUCAGUGCAUUGCAUGUGAUUUGCUGUGUGUAAGUGUUUGUGUGCCUGGCGGACCUUCAGGCCUCGGAGGAGCAGCGCCGCAUCGGAUGCCAGAUCUGCCGCAUCCUGCGCAUCCCCACUGGGGGCGGCGAUAAAGAUGAACACAAACGAAAGAAACACAGAGAGGCGAGAUAUAAGCAUGGCAGCCGCCACCGGUUCUGCCUCAAAGCCCUCGGCACUGGGGAACGCUCG